UCCUCAUUGCAUUAUAAUUUAAAAUUGUCCUCAUCAGAUUAUUAGUCUCCUUUCUUCAUUUUCAUUUUCCCCCAAAAUUUUGUUAGUUCAUCCCCAAACCUUGAAGAUGUUCAUGGCAUGAAAAAACAGACCCGACUCUCCCAAUUAAUGGUCACUCAAAAAUGCUGAAUUCUGUUAGUUUCAUCUUCCUCCUCAGUUUGGUAUUGAUUAUCCAUGGAAACGCUCAGACCCCAGUUCCAUACCCAUAUCGGAGUUGCUUACCGGCCAAUUUCACCCAGAACAGCACCUACCAGUCCAGCCUCAAUCUUCUCUUCUCAAAUCUCUCCGCCAACGCCCCCGGAAUUAACGGAUUCUUCAACACUUCCGUCGGCCGGACCCCAAACGACACCGUCUACGGCCUCUUCCAGUGCCGCGGCGACGUCACCAACACCACCUGCAAAAAUUGCGUGGCCUCCACCGCCAGAAACGUAGCCCAGCAGUUCUGUCCUCUCAGAAAAGCCGCUGUGGUUUGGGACGACGACUGCAUAUUCCGCUAUUCCGACCAAUCUUUCUUCUCCGCCGUGUCCACAGACCCAGAUCUGACAUUACUUAACACGGCCGAUAUUGACGCAGAUAAGGCUGGCUUUAACCAACUAGUGAUGUCCACAUUGAGGGCAACCGCGGCUCGGGCGGCCAACGCCACUGCCGUGGGUGAAUUGUUUGCAACUCAGCAGGCAAAUUUCACAUCGGAACGUACACUUUACACGUUAGCGCAGUGUACCGGCGACUUGUCGAAUUCCAAUUGCGAAGAUUGCUUAAGACAAGCUGUCGGUGCUAUUCCGGGUUGUUGCUCUAAUAAACAAGGUGGGAGAGUUUUGUACCCCAGCUGCUACGUUCGUUACGAAAUUUACUCGUUUUACGACCUCACGAGGGCGAAUCCGCCGCCGCCUCCGGCAACUCCCCCUCCCAAUUCCACAACACCACCGCCACCGCCACCUCCUCCACCAGGGGAGCACAGAUCCUCGAUUGUGCUAAUUGUAGCCAUCGUGGCUCCAAUUACUGUCUCCAUCCUGCUUUUCGUUCUGGGGUGGUGUUUCCUGCGCCGAAGAGCAAAGAAGAGACAUAGUGCUGCAAAGGAAGAUAGUGUUGUUAAUGAGAUGACCACUGUGGAAUCUCUGCAAUUCGAUUUCAAUACAAUCGAUGCUGCUACUAACAAAUUCUCAGAGGAAAACAGGUUGGGUGAAGGUGGAUUCGGGGCAGUCUACAAGGGAAGGCUUGAGAAUGGACAAGAGAUAGCAGUGAAAAGACUAUCAAGAGGAUCUUUGCAAGGUUCCGAAGAGUUCAAGAAUGAGGUUAUGUUGGUUGCUAAGCUUCAACAUAGAAAUCUAGUGAGGCUUUUGGGAUUCUGCUUGGAGGGUGAAGAAAAGAUUCUCAUCUAUGAAUAUAUUCCCAACAAAAGCCUUGAUUACUUCCUUUUUGAUCCUGAGGGGCAGAGAGAGUUGGAUUGGUUGAAACGGUAUAAGAUCAUCCAUGGGAUUGCUCGAGGAAUCUUAUAUCUACAUGAAGAUUCUCGCCUUCGAAUUAUUCAUCGUGAUCUUAAAGUCAGUAACAUUUUGUUAGAUGGAGAUAUGAAUCCAAAAAUUUCAGAUUUUGGUAUGGGGAGAAUUUUUCAAGUGGAUCAAACUCAAGGAAAUACAAGUCGGAUUGUUGGUACCUAUGGUUACAUGUCUCCCGAAUAUGCAAUGCACGGAAACUUCUCUAUAAAAUCUGAUGUGUAUAGCUUUGGAGUCUUAGUUUUGGAGAUCUUAAGUGGCAAGAAAAACAACACAUUUUACUUGUCGGAUCUUGCUGAAGACAUUUUGACCUAUGCUUGGAAACUAUGGAAGGAAGGGAUACCAUUAGAACUAUUGGAUCCGAGUUUGAGAGACAACUACUCAAGAAAUGAGGUUCUUAGAUGCAUUCAUAUUGCUCUACUAUGUGUUCAAGAGGAUCCUGGAUCUCGGCCUUCCAUGACAUCCAUUGUUCUUAUGUUGAAUAGUUAUUCUGUUACCUUGCCAUUACCUGAAGAGCCGGCAUUCUUCAUGCGCACUAAAGACCAUGGUAUUAUAAUAGAUAGUGAUCAAUCUAUGAGUAAGUCUAUCCAAUGGUCUGCUAAUGAAACAUCUAUAUCUGAAUUGCAUCCACGAUAGGGUGUAUCGUGUGUGUGUGUCUUGUUCGCAUCCAUAAAUGAUAUGACUUCCAUUUAAUGAUUAUAAUGAUGGAAAAUUCUUGUAAGUUUAAAGUUUAUAUUUUUAUAUUGUUGAACUCAAUAUGCAGAUCAGUGGAACUUUGAUAAUUAAGAUUUUAA